AGGGCACUCAAAAGGGCGCAAAAGUUUUGGCGCCAAUUCCAACCAUUGCAAUUUUCUUUUAUACUGCCAUCUCCAGUUCUACCGAAGCUUCCACAAUUCAUCGCGAAAAAUGCAGCGCCAGAAAUCUUUGCUAUCCUUCUUCCAAAAAUCUCCGUCCGAUAAUCGGAGCUCUGAUGGCGCUGCCUCCCCCAUCAGUCAGCGGCUCACUCGCUUUCCGCCGAAACCAAGCGUUGCCGGUUUGGAGCAGUCGGCUAUCCAGACCACUGCGGAUCCUUCCCUGGAGAUUAGAGGAACCGACACUCCGCCGGAGAAGGUGCCUCGCCAGAUUUUGCCGGCGAUUGAGAAGAACAGAGGUUCUUCACUCUUUUCAAGCAUCAUGCACAAAUUUGUACGAGCCGAUGAUAAACGUAAGGCGAAUGAGAGGGACGAGGUUCAAAAAGAUUUCUCUCACAACGAGGUUCGAAAAGAUUCUUCUCAGUUACCUUCCAUUUCUGGUAAGGUUAAUGAUCCAAAAGAAUUUUCGAAACUAGAUAUAGCUUCUAGGCAUCACGGUAAACUCAACGAUGCAAAUUUAAACGGACAUAGAGGAUCUGUCUUGGAUAUUGAAAGCGACGAUGACAUUGCUGGACCAGAAACACCUGGCAUGCGAUCUUCUAUCUCUCGUUUGAAGAGAUCUCAAGAGGUUUCUUUUGUGGAUGGCAGUGGUGAUUCUUUGCAGGAUAGUACCAAAAGAAUUAAACUCCUUCAGGACUCUUUGAACAAGAUUCACAAUGAAGUUUCUGACGCAACUAGCAAAUUUGAGUGGCUCAAUCCCUCUCAAGUUAGAGACGCUAACCGUAGAAGGCCUGACCAUCCUCUGUAUGAUAAAAAAACACUAUACAUACCACCUGACGUCCUGAAGAAAAUGUCAGCAUCACAAAAACAAUACUGGAAUGUGAAAUGUCAAUAUAUGGACAUUUUGCUUUUCUUCAAAGUGGGGAAGUUCUAUGAGUUAUAUGAACAAGAUGCUGAAAUUGGUCACAAGGAGCUUGAUUGGAAAAUGACAUUAAGCGGUGUUGGGAAAUGUAGGCAGGUUGGUGUUCCUGAGAGUGGAAUUGAUGAUGCCAUUCAAAAACUUGUUGCUUGCGGUUAUAAAGUUGGGAGAGUUGAGCAGUUGGAAUCUUCAGAUCAAACAAAAACCAGAGGUGCAAAUUCUGUGAUACCCAGGAAAUUGGUGCAGGUUGUCACUCCAUCAACCAAGGCCGACGGUGACAUUGGGCCUGAUGCUGUUUGUUUGCUUGCCAUCAAAGAGGAGAGCUGUGGGCUGGAGAAUAAUUCAAUUGCAUACGGGUUUGCAUUUGUUGAUUGUGCUGCUUUAAAAUUUUGGACUGGUUCUAUCAAAGAUGAUGCUUCGUUCGCUGCUUUGGGUGCGCUCUUGAUGCAAGUGUCUCCAAAGGAAAUAAUAUAUGAAGCUAGAGGACUAUCUAAAGAAACACAAAAAGUUCUCAAGAAGUACUCUCCAACUGGCUCCACUGCUCUAGAAUUCACAUCAGGGUCUCAAGUGACAAAUUUUUUAGAAACUUCAGAGGUUAAACUUUUGAUCCAGUCUAAAGGAUAUUUUAAAGGCUCCUUGAAUUUGUGGAAUCAUGCAACCGAAAGCACAGUCCAUGAUGACAUUGCUCUAUGUGCACUUGGAGGACUUAUUAAUCACAUGUCAAGGCUGAUGUUAGAUGAUGUCUUGCGGAAUGGAGAUUUACUGCCAUACCAAGUAUACAGAGGCUGCCUAAGAAUGGAUGGACAAACGAUGGUUAAUCUUGAAAUUUUCAGAAACAAUGAUGAUGGUGGUCCAUCAGGUACACUGUACAAGUAUCUUGAUAACUGCGUGACAUCAUCAGGAAAGAGGCUUUUGAGGUUAUGGAUCUGUCAUCCUCUUAAAGAUGUUGAAGAGAUAAACAAUAGGCUUAAUGUGGUUGAAGAACUGAUGGCACAAUCUGAAGUUAUGGUACUUCUUGGCACCACCUAUCUUCGCAAGCUUCCGGACUUGGAGAGGUUGCUUGGACAGAUUAAGGCUACUGUCCAGUCAUCUGCUUCUCUUGUAUUACCAUUGAUUCGAAAAAAGUUACAGAAACGGCGGGUUAAACUAUUCGGGUCUCUGGUGAAGGGCCUCAAGACUGGAUUGGAUCUAUUAAUUCAAGUCCAGAAGGAAGGUUGCAUUAUUUCUCUACCAAAAGUAGUUAAACUUCCACAGCUCAGCGGCAAUGGCGGGCUUAAUCAAUUCCUCACUCAAUUUGAAGCAGCUGUAGAUAGCGAGUUUCCAGAUUAUCAGAACCACGAUGUAACGGAUUCCAGUGCCGAAAGACUCUCUAUACUGAUUGAGUUUUUUGUAGAAAGAGCUACUGAAUGGUCUGAAGUAAUCCAUGCCCUCAAUUGUAUUGAUGUGCUGAGAUCAUUUGCAGUCAUUGCUCAUACGUCUAGAGGGUCCAUGUCUAGGCCUCUUAUUUUGCCUCAAUCGAAUAAUUCAACGUUGAGUCCAGAAAAGCAAGGGCCAGUUCUUAAAAUUAAAGGGCUAUGGCAUCCAUAUGCCCUUGUGGAGAGUGGAGAAACACCAGUCCCUAAUGAUAUAAUCCUUGGUCCCGAUCAAGAUGGCUACCAUCCCCGUACUCUGCUUCUAACAGGACCAAACAUGGGCGGGAAAUCAACACUUCUUCGUUCCACUUGCCUAGCUGUUGUUCUUGCACAGUUGGGUUGCUAUGUACCUUGUGAGACAUGCACGUUCUCAGUCGUUGAUACCAUCUUUACGCGACUUGGUGCCACUGAUCGAAUCAUGACGGGAGAAAGCACAUUCCUUGUUGAAUGCUCAGAAACAGCUUCAGUUCUCCAACAUGCUACUCAGGACUCUCUUGUUAUUCUUGAUGAACUCGGCCGAGGAACCAGCACUUUUGAUGGCUAUGCCAUUGCAUAUGCUGUGUUUCGCCAAUUGAUAGAAAAGGUGAACUGUAGACUUCUAUUUGCUACUCACUACCACCCUCUAACAAAGGAGUUUGCCUCUCAUCCUCACGUCAUGCUUCAACACAUGGCCUGCACAUUCAACGACCAUGAGCUCAUUUUUCUAUAUCGCCUUCGCUCCGGAGCGUGCCCUGAAAGCUAUGGCUUGCAAGUAGCAACCAUGGCUGGAAUCCCGGGUCGAGUUGUGGAAGCAGCUUCAAGAGCUAGCCAAAUGAUGAAGCAAACCAUCAGAGAGAACUUCAAAUCGAGUGAGCAACGAUCGGAGUUUUCGACUCUUCAUGAAGAGUGGUUAAAAACCCUAAUCACAGUCUCGGAGUUUAGAGGUAAUGAUCUCGACGAAAAUGAUGCUUUCGAUACAUUAUUUUGUUUAUGGUAUGAGCUUAAGAGAUCAUAUCAGUGCUAGGUUGAUAAAUGGUGCGAUAGAAUAUGGCAUUGUAGGAAGAAGCAUGACGUAGGAAAUUCCUUCUGUGAAGUUUAUAUCAUCUAAUGGCGUAGUUUUAGAUUAAGAGAGUAUUUUUGUAUUUAAGAAAUGAAUGCAUUUAGGGUUCUACUUUAGGUCCUUUAUUAUUUGAGGGCUCAUAUUUUGUACAGAAAAAUACUCUAUUCUAUUUUAUUAUGUUUUUGAAUGAA